AUGGGGACGAGCGCUUCUAGAUCAAGGAUCGGAGGACUUGGGGCAGGAGACGUGGGUACAGCCCGGUCGGGGGUUCGAGUUACUAUCAGGUCGGCGGUCGAUACCACCUUCCAGGUCGAGGUGGAUGCUUUGGUGUUACCAAAACUAACUUCUCUGCUUUCAUCUGUCAAUUAUGCUUCCAGGGAUGGCGGAGACCUGUUCAAGGACAUCUCGUUAGCUGAUCCAGAGUUUGUCGUCUCGAAGCGGAUUGACGUAAUUUUAGAUGCCGAUGUUUACGGCCAAUUACUCCGGCCGGGGUUGAGAAGAUCCUCGACGUCGCAGCUCGUCGCGCAGGACAUGGCGCUUGGGUGGAUCAUCUCCGGACCGGUGGAUGGAGGAGCUGCACGGCGGACGGAGGCGACAGUUACUACCUCUUCUGCGCUGGUUUUGCACUGUUCGCCUCAGGAGGAGUUGAAUCACAUUUUGCAGCGGUUUUGGGAGCUGGAGGAGGUGUCGGACGCACCUAAGAGAUUGAAGCCAGAGGGGGAGAAAUGUGAGCUAAUUUUUCAGGAAACGCAUCGGAGGGAUUGGAGAGGCCGGUUUGCACGGGAUUCACGAUUGGCUCAAGCGUACUGUGACUUCAUGAGGGUGUACGAGGAGCUAGGCCACAUGUCACGAGUCCCGAGGUCGGAGGUCCUGCGCCGAGAGGCAUGGUACUUACCUCACCAUGCCGUGGUGCAGCAGGAUGAAUCCAGGUACAGAGUGGCAUUCACGGCUGACCUUGUAAAGAUGUUUCGUCAGAUUCGAGUGGAGCCGGAACAUCAGGAUUACCAGCGGAUUAUCUGGUCGCCCGACGGAGCAUCGGAACCGGUGGAAUUUCGUUUGAAUACUGUCACUUAUGGCAUAGCUUGCGCUCCCUACCUGGCGAUUUGUACUCUGUCGCAGUUGGUACGGGAUGAGGGUUCGCGGUACCCAUUGGGGUCUCGGUGCUUGGAGUCGAAGACGUAUGUAAACGACACUUUUGCUGGUGCGGACGACAUACCGACGGCGGCGGCUAAUUCUAUAGAGGUUCUUCCAGAUUCUGCACGACCGGGCGUGGAGAAACACAUAGAAAGUGAUCAGACAGUCAAAACGUUAGGAGUUCGAUGGGUCCCGGAACAGGACGAAUUUAGGUUCAAUGCGGCUAGCGUAGCAGAUUUGGCUGCCGCCCACACCAAAAGGUCCGUUUUGUCGAAUAUCGCUCGCCUAUUCGACCCAUUAGGAUGGCUCUCCUCGGUUACGGUUGUUGCCAAAAUAUUAAUGCAAGAUAUGUUGCUUUUGAAGUGUGAUUGGGACUCAUCCUUACCGUCGGAGCUUCGUGAGCGUUGGUAUGAAUGUUGCCAAGGUUUGGUUUCCUUGCCGAGUUUAUCCGUAGGGCGCUGGUUAGGUGGCACUUCGAGCUCUUCCUACCAGAUUCAUGGCUUCUCUGAUGCGUCUUCGCGCGCGUACGCGAGUACGGGUGAUGGGAAGUUUCAGGUGUCGCUAUUAGCUUCAAAAUCUAAGGUAGCUCCUGUAAAGACUGUGAGUAUUCCUAAUUUAGAACUUUGCGGAGCAGCUCUUCUCGUUAAGCUUAUCCGUCAUCUAACGAGUUUGGAUUUCUUACAGAAACGCCCAAUUUUUGCCUGGUCAGAUAGCCAGAUUGUGCUUACUUGGCUUCGUAAGAAUCCGUGCCACUGGAAAACCUUUGUAGCCAACCGUGUCUCCCUUAUUCAGACUCAGCUACCAUCGGCCUCAUGGUCACAUGUCCCGAGCAAGGAGAAUCCUGCCGAUUUGGCAUCGCGAGGAGUAGCACCGGAAGAGUUAGCCAAGAGUGCCCUAUGGUGGCACAGCCCUUCAUGGCUGGCCAGGCCUCCCGUCCAGUGGCCACGUUUUAUUAAAACGGCGGCCCAUCGUCCGGUUGUGGAGCGACUGCUCACUAGUGGUAGGGUCUUCGUCUCAUUUUCUGACCAGUGCUGA